AUGGUGAGAACCAUAAAUCAGAGAAUAGGAAAGUUACCUCGAAGAGGAACAACCAACAGCACCUCAAAACACACCGGCACUGGAGAAUCAUCGAACCCUGUGUGUGUCGAAGAAGAGGAUUCCGCCAACAUUGCGAUGGACCCUGUUCCGAUAGCCAGAGUACCGUUCGGAAAAUCACAAGAACAGAACACCAAUUCACCAGGUAACCAAAAUCUUCCCCUAAUUGAUCCUGUUGAACAACCUGAAUGCAUGCCCAUUGCGGCUGACUUUGGGGACAAUCGAAUUGUCGACCCAAACAACCUUGUAGUGCAACUUAGGUUUGCCAUAAAUCGCGGUUGGGAACCCGAUUUAGGUUCUUAUGUCAGCUCCGUAGAAGAGGCAAACUCCGAGGAGACAAACCGUUCCCCCACACCACAGAACGAAGAACACACCACACCCAUUGAAUCACCCAUUGAAUCCCCUGUUCCAAUUUCUCCAGUAAAUGAAAACCCUAGAAAAAGGAAGAAACCCGACCCGUUUGAAGGAGCUGAUCCUAGGGCAAAAAGGCCAAACGACUUCCCAAUACGGGUAGUUCCUCCUCAACGAAAGCCAAACAUCCCAUCUAUGCCCUCAACAAGCAAGAAAUCAAGAAGGAUAGCAACAGAGGAUGAACCAGACUGGUCACCACAUGAAGAAAAUGAAAGCCUUAUUAGAGUAAAGACCCGAGCCCAAAUGAAAUCCCAGGUACCUGCCAGAAAAGAUAAACAACAAAAGAAAACACCUAAACUGUCUAAAAAGGAAAAAGGGAAACAGAAGGCAGUUACUAAUGCUGACAUGUCAAACCUGCCAAAACCCCACAGUACAGUCUUUUUGAAAAAAGAAUCAGCAAGUCUACUGAAAAGAAUAGUGGGAAGAAAGAUUAUAAGCCAAAAACUGCUUGACAUAAGAAAGCUAGAAAACCAAGAACAGAUUCAAGAUAUCUUAGUCACAAACCAGCUUCUUGGAACAGUGACUAAUAUUGAGCCCUAUGAAGCAAAGAUAGUACAAGAGUUCUACUGUAAUCUUACAAAAACCAUCUCUACACCUAGCAGUCCUAUGUAUGGAAAGGCAUACUUGAGAGGUAAAUUUUAUAAAUUCACACCAGACACUAUCAACAAGUACCUAGGAACCCCAGAAGCAGAACAAAACAUGGAGAUAAAUAAUGAGGAAAUUGCACACGAACUCACAGCUGGAAAUGUCAUCUUUGAAAAGAACAAGAUCAAGGCAGCAUCUCUUACAAGCAAAUAUGCAGUCCUCCAGAAAAUAGCACUUGCCAACUGGAUGCCCUCUCUACAUGAAUCUACUGUGAAAUGGACCCUAGCUGAGUUACUGUACAAGAUAGGGAAAGGGAUUCAAUCAAAUAUGGGUAACAUUAUUCACUCUCAAAUCAUAAACCUAGCAGAGGACACCAAAUCCAACACCUCCCUGAUUUUUCCAAACCUCAUCUUUGCCAUCCUGACAGAACAAUGUCUCAAAACACAUGGUCCAAAAAUCAGUGUCAAGAACAUCAACACCACUAUCAAGCUGAGAAAGGGGAACCAUCAAAAUGAUCUAAAAACCACAGCUCCAAAAGAAAAUCCACUAGCCUCCAAGACAUUGAUCAAAUAUUUUGAAAGAAGACUAACAGAGUUAGAAAUCUUAGAAAAAGAACUCCUAAGAAAACAUAUGAACAUCAAGGAAGAAAAAGCAGAGAUAUCAGAAUGGCUAACAGUUCUAAAAGAUGAUGAUGAAGAAAAACAAGAAGAAGAACAAGGAUCAGAAGAAGGAAGCCAGGAACACUCUCAAGACAAGGAUGUUGAAACUUCUGUUUCAACAUCAGAAAACAGACCUUAA